CGGCCUAAGGAUGAAGAACACAGGGGUUCUGUCCGCCUCCAUCCCUCUGUUCAGUGUGAAAUGUAGAGCAGCGUGAGGGAGGGAGAUCAUGCCAACACUACGUCAUCGGAAAAAGAGGAAAGGAAGGGAUAUGAUGCCUCUCAGGACUGUUUUUGCAUAGACACUUCAACUUUCUAACACUGAAGACAAGAGCUGGACAUGCCAAGGUUUAUCUGUCAUGGACACAAAUUUGAUACCCAAGUUUUCCUCCAAAGAUGAGGAAAUUGACUUCUGGAAGGCACUUUCUCUGAAGUACAAGAAAAGCUGUAAGGAGGCGCAGGAGGAGCUUCUGGAGUUUCAGGAGGGCAGUCGUGAGCUGGAGGCUGAGCUGGAGACUCAGCUGGGCCAGGCUGAAAACCGCCUUAGAGACCUGCAGGCAGACAACCAGAGACUGCAGCAUGAGCUUGACACGCUAAAGGAGAAGUUGGAGCAGCACUAUGCUCAGAGUUAUAAGCAAAUCUCCAUACUGGAGGAUGACCUGGGCCAGACCCGGAGCAUUAAGGAGCAAUUGCUCAAAUAUGUCAGAGAGCUGGAGCAGGCCAACGAUGACUUGGAGAGGGCCAAGAGAGCUACAAUUACUUCUCUGGAGGAUUUUGAGCAGAGACUGAACCAGGCCAUAGAAAGGAAUGCUUUUCUGGAGAGUGAACUGGAUGAAAAGGAGUCUCUCCUGGUGUCUGUGCAGAGAUUAAAGGAUGAGGCUAGAGACCUGCGGCAAGAGCUUGCUGUGCGUGAGAGACAGCCUGAUGUAACUCGGAUGUCUGCUCCCAGCUCUCCCACUCCAGACAAUGAGAAAAUGGACUCUGCUGUACAGGCCUCGCUCUCCUUGCCUGCUACACCGCUUAGCCAGAGCCUGGACAAUGCUUUCAGCAACCAGAAAGCAUUGGCCAACGGCUGUAAUAAUUCAGCGCUCACUCCAGCUGCCAGAAUAUCAGCUCUCAAUAUUGUAGGUGAUUUACUACGCAAAGUUGGGGCUUUAGAGUCUAAGCUUGCAGCAUGUAGAAAUUUUGCUAAAGACCAGGCAGCUAGAAAGAACUAUGUCAUCAACGCUAAUGGAAACCUGAUAAAUGGGGACAUCACGCAGUAUUCUCACUCGCUGCACACGUCAUACUUCGACAAAGCAAGAGAGAGGGUCAUUUUCCCUGCAUUGCUCCUCGGAGGACGGUAAAUGGGCUGGACCCUGGUGCCGUGACGAACAUCACUCCUCCAUGUGCCACCUCUCCAUCCGGCCUCGUACCCUUCAGUGUGUGAUCAUCCCAAAUGCACGCUGACUCGCGCACAGUGAAACAUACUUCCCUCAGUCACUUACACACAGACGAAUCUUCCAACACCCUGUUAAGAACCAUUAGACUACACUACCUACCCUGUCCAAAGGUGUCUAGAUUGUACUUGUGUCCAGUGGGGGGUGGGGGUGUUCUCUGAACAGGGUCUGGACUCCUGCAGUCUUUCUUGACUUGUACAUGUUAAUAGUUUAUUAUGUGUUUGUACAUUUAAUAUUUGUUUAAUGUUUGUAUAUAGAUAAGAGCCCAUAAGUGUAUUGAAUAUUUAACUGACCCCUCUGUAUUAUUUACGGAUUCUUUUUUUUUCCAUUAGCGGAUGAGUAAUUAUUCCAAAAAUGUAUGUAUUCAUUAUUAAACCUGUGGAUGAAAUUAUUUGUGAUACUCACAAAAAGGGAACCCAGCCCACAUUCAGAGUAUCCUUAUCUAUACCAGACUUUGCUGUGGAUAUAAAGGUUAGUGUUUGGGAAAACCCUUGAUUACCCUGGAGUUAGCUUGUUAGCCCACAAGUCUAGAAUAAUUGUAUACACCUCUACAGAAAGACAAACAUAUAAGCUGAACCACCAAUGAAGGAGUUAUUGCGCAGUGAGAGUUACGUACUUGUAUGCACAUGCACUUGUUGUGGUUUUGGUUGACCUCUGAGGCCAACAGGUACUUUAUCCAAACCUAGACAGGCGGCUAAGCAUUUUUCUGGCGGCCACAUGCAGGACACAGCCCACGCCACGUCUAUCCUGUCUACUCAGUGUGCUCCCUGUUUAUCUGUGUCACUCUAAACACGUGAGCAUGUGUGAAGUUGUAAUUGUUCCAAUGUUUGAGAGUGCACUUGUUGAAAAUAUGAUGUUACAAGCUGCAGUGUUAGAAUUUGAGCAGAAUGUUGGUUAUAUUCAGUUAUACUGACAACUAUGUCUAAACUCUUACGGUCACUUUAUUAUGAAUAUGUUUGGUCCCAGUUUCUGACUGAUUUCAAAUUAAGGAUGAAGUUUGUUGUUAAAACACUUGUAAUAAUGUGUUUCAUUUGCUCCCCAAAUAAAAGAAUGGCAACUAAACGGCAA